AUGACGCAAUUCAAGCAGAAGCAUGUUCGCGUCGCCGUCACGCAGGCAGAGCCGAUCUGGCUUGAUCUUGCCGGUACCGUCCAGAAGACAUGCGAUCUGAUCACCGAAGCAGCAUCAACGGGCGCCGAAGUCAUAAGCUUCCCUGAGUGUUGGCUCUCGGGAUAUCCGGCUUGGAUCUGGGACCGUCCGGUGGACCCAGAGUUGGCUGCCCGUUAUAUCCGCAACUCUCUCGUUGUCGAGUCGGCUGAAAUGGAACGCAUCAGGGCGUGCGCGGCAGCAAACAAGAUUAUUGUAGCUCUGGGCUUCUCGGAGAGUCGUCACGGCUCGCUCUAUAUUUCGCAGGCCAUCAUUGGGGCUGACGGACAGAUCUUGACGCUUCGGAGCAAGAUCAAGGCUACCCACAUGGAGCGGACAAUUUUUGGCGACGCUACCGCCGAAUGUCUCGAUAGUGUCGUGGAUACGCCUCUUGGCCGGAUAGGUGCUCUAUCCUGCUGGGAGCACGUCCAACCGCUUCUUAAGUACCACACCUACUCGCCCGGAGGAGGAUACUCGGCCGUUUUCGGCCCUGACGGUCGGAAGCUGUCAACCAAUAUUCCAUCGGACAAGGAAGGCAUCAUCUAUGCUGAUUUGGACAUUGACAACAUCCUACAUUCAAAGGCCUUCUUAGAUGUGGUUGGCCACUAUAGCAGACCUGAUCUGCUUUGGCUCGGCGUGGAUACAGCAGUGAAGGCUCAUGUGAAGUUAUAG